AUGACUCUCGUUGGUGGAGAGACAUUGUUCUUAAUGAUAUUAAAGAGGACGAUUUGGGUGAAGGUUUCGCCGAAUGGAUUAAAUGCGACUUUAAAGAAAGGUAAUCACAUCCUCUUUUGGUAUAGUUGUUGGUUGGUUGAACAACCACUCCGUGUUGUCCUCCCUCAUUUGUUCGAGCGAACAACCAACAAACUUAGUGUGGUGAGUGAUCUCUUUAUUGUUAAUAAUGGUGAAAUCACGUGGAACUUGGAAGACAUUUUCGGUGUGGAUGUUUUGAACUCUUUGGUACCGAUGGCUCACACCUCCAACCCUUCAACAACGGUCACGGUUAUUAGUGAGGAGCUUAGGGACUUGAAAGUGCUUCUUCAAGGGAUGGUGCCGGACCCUUCGGAAAAGGAUGAUUUUCAUUGGAAUCUAACUUCUAACGGAGUUUUCACGGUGUCUAGUGUGUCGCACUUGGUUGCUAACGCAAAGGAUAUAGCUUGGACAACUUCCAUCAUCAAGAUGUUGGACGUCAUUUGGAAGACAAACAUUCCGGCAAAGACCAAGAUUUUCUCUUGGAGAUUUCUCAUCAAUAGACUACCUUUAAAAGAUCAACUUGCCAAUAGAGGUGUGUCUUCUCUUACAUCUAUAGAUUGCCCUUUUUGUGCUAGCCACCCGGAAUCUUUGGACCAUCUUUUUUUCAAUUGCCAUGUCACAAAGGAGGUGUGGAAUAGAAUCUAUAUGUGGUUGGGUAAUGAUGUGAUUCUUUCUAUGGAGGAUUUCAAGAGUUUUGGGAGUAUACAAGAAAAGGUGAGAAACACCAACGUUAAAGUUAUCCUAAACACGAUAUGGAUAGCUCUAAUUUGGUGCAUUUGGAAAAUGAGAAAUACAAUCAUUUUUGAUAACGACACCUUUUGCUUCGACGAGGUGAUAUCAAACAUAUUGUAUUUUUCAUGGAGAUGGAUUAGUAGUAAGGAGCUUCCAAGUAGACUUAAUUUUUAA